UUUCAUAAUUACCACUCAACCCAUUGUUACGUAAUUUAUCGUCUCCUCAGUUUUCGUUAGAAUAAAACCUGGAUUAUACAACCUUGCGCCCUUAAGCUCCUUUAUACUACAAAGAGGCAGACUACAAGAAAUAAAGUGGUUGUAUAGCCUGCCUAAAAAUGUUUGAAGUUUGAAUACUGAAGUCAUAACUACGCUGUCGUGGGCGUGUUCAAAUACCUCCCAACAAAUACCAUAUGGCGACCUACUAAUCGAUUUUACUCACUAAAAGUGGAAAUAACUCAUAAGAAUAUUUAUAUGAGAUAAUUGACUUACAAUUGUCAAAAUCUUAAUUCAAAUAUUUAUACAUCUGUUUGACCAAGUUAUUCAAAAUCUCUCACACAAUAUACUACUAUUUCUAACAGUUAAGCAGAUUUCGAGAAUGAAAGGCUGAAAAGAGCUUAUCUAACAUAUCCGGAAUAGAUUUCAAGAAUCUCAAUAUCCUUGUUUUGGCGGAUACUUUGUCUGUUUCAUGGUAAUGGAAAAAUAGCCCUGAAACUUCCUUAGGUCGAUGAAAAUUUCCAAAACUGCCAACUGUCGUUGGGAUCUGGGUAAAAUCCCAAAAUUCUACCAAAAUCGGGAGAUUGGGAUACUGAUGUCUUUGUGACAAGCUUGUAUAUACUACUUGUUUUCCUUGUUCUCUCAUCUUGAUGUUAGGUAGCUCUUUUUCGAAAAAUGAUUUUUCGUUGUUAACUUGUCAGCAAGUGAAUUUCGCUAGAACUCUUUUUUGUAAUAUCAAGUCCUAGGACUUGGUUACCUGUCUUCAGUCUAGUGACAAGGCUAGACAUUUUGAUUUUAAAGUAAAAGAUAUAUGGAUAAACCAUAUGACGAAACAGUUGAUGUGCCAGAUUCAGAAGAUAUAGCAACACCACGACUGCAACAGUCUCUUGCUGAAAAUUUUGAUAGGUUUCGAGUCGAUCAUUUAGAUUCUCAUAGAGAUAACAGUAAAUCAGUAAGAAAAAUAAAGAAUGAAUUACUAAAUAAAUCAAUUAAAACUGCACCAAAAUCAAUCAUUGAAAAGAAGUCAAACAAUGAAAAAUCAAGUAGUCAAGAUAGUUCCGGCGAUGACGAUGAUGAGGAUGAGGAUGAUGAUGAUGAUGAAGAUGAAGAUGAUGAAGAUGACGAUGAUGAAAAUUCUAAUAUCCCUGAUGUCAUUGAAGGGUAUGUCAAAUUUACAAAACAGAGAACAUUCUAUAUAGGGAUUUAUUUAUUCUAUGUAAGUAUCGAUAGUCUGCAGGUUUCCUUUGUUUACUGAAAUAUUAAUAAACUUUUGAAAAGCAACAAAGAAAUUAAAUCAAAGCGCAAUAUUAUACUAUAAAAACAACUGAUUAUUAGUUUCCCUUCGCUAAAUAUCACUUUAAAUAGGAAACAAAGUAGAUGGUUGAAGAUUUAAAUUUGAAUAACUGAAAACUGAUUAUAACUGAUAGAUGACUUAGUGGUUAAGGCCUUCGGUUUAAAACCAUUAAGUUGAUAGUUUAAAUCAUACUCCACCUACUUCGGUUUAAACACCUAGGUAGUAUCACUAACCUUCACACGACGAGUGAUUCAAAGCCAAGUGCACGAAUCUAUAUUUGGUAAGUUGCAUUGUCAUCAACCUCAUUGAAUGUGACACUUGUUUAUUAGUACUCAUAUAUUUUACUGUUAUUUUCUGUUUUUAUAAAACGUCGGGAACGUUGGAUCCAUACAAUAUCACACAAAGUUCUAUGUACUUACACUCGUCUACUCAUUCGCUAACUGAAUAUGUCAACCAAUCAGUCAGUUUAUUAGUCAACCGUCCAACCUGUGCCGGAUGAAAUAUGACAACCGAAAAAAUCUUCUUUGUUUUAAAAACAAACUGAGAUUAUCAUCCUUUAUUAGAAUGAAAUGCUAACGAACACUUGGCAAAUUUCAAUGGUAAAACUAUGCCAAAAACUUUUUAUAGACGAAAUCUGUAGUGAACGAGAACACAAGUGGGGACAAUCGAAUGUAUUUGAAGUCACAAUUACAGAAUAUCUUAGUAAAAUAUGAGAACCACACAGCAAAUUUUGCAUUUGCAAAAUGUCAAUCAAUCGUCUCGGACUUUAUUGUUCUUUCGUUUCCACACCAAUCACUCUCUGUUGUUGUUCUCUUUCCUUCGAUCGUCUUAGCCUUCUGCCUCCAGGCAUUCCACUUUCGAUUGCUGAUACAUACUACUUAUAUCUGUCGACAUCAGUAGCCCACACCACAUGAUUACUCACUGGACGCUAAUUUUCUGUUACAUAAUGAUAAUAACUAAAUUGGAAAUGUCAAGAACUAAAAGAAUUUUGUGUUUUCGUCAUGAAAACGAGUGUCUACAAUCCGGCCGAUUAUGAACAUUUGACUGUAUCGUCUGAAAUUAAGGAAAUUUUUGAAUAUAUUCAAAGAUAUACACCUCAAACAAUCGAAUUAGAAACAAAGUUGAAACCAUUCAUUCCUGAUUAUAUACCAGCUGUUGGAGAUAUUGAUGCAUUUUUAAAAGUGCCCAGACCAGAUGGUAAACCAGAUUAUUUAGGUUUAUUGGUCUUGGAUGAACCAUGUGCUAAUCAGUCAGAUCCAACAGUACUUAAUUUACAAUUGAGAGCUUUGUCAAAGCAAACUGCAACAAAACAAGUAAUAGUUAAAAGUAUUGAAAACGCUGAGCAACAAACAAAAGUCAUAGAAAAUUGGAUUAAAAGUAUAACAGAUUUGUAUAGAGCCAAACCUGCACCAACUGUACACUAUACAAGAAACAUGCCAGAAAUAUCUGAACUUAUGGCUGUAUGGCCAACAUCUUUUGAAGAAACCAUAAAUAAUAUGCAAUUAUCACUAUCUCAGUUGGAUUGUAGUUUAAAAGAUUAUGUAGAUAUAAUCUGUGCACUUCUAGACAUUCCAGUUUACAACAAUCGAAUACAUUCAUUACACUUAUUAUUUUCCUUAUAUUUGGAAUUUAAAAAUUCUCAACAUUUCCGUCAAAAUGAAUCCGUUAUUACUUGAUGUAAUUACGAAAUAGCAAUGGUUAUUACAGUUAAAUAUCUUUGUACCUGUGAAUAUAUGAAUAUAAUUUUUACGAAU